UCCUAACCAAGCAGCCGUUCCUCUUUCUGCAUCUGAAUCCUCUUUCUACACCCGAUAUGCCUGCAGAACGAACUCGAGCCCCAAACUCACAAGGAAGACAAAAGUCUUGCUCCGAAUGCGCCAAAGGGAAAAGAAAAUGCGACCUUCGCCAACCUAGCUGCGGCCGCUGUGCCAGGCUACAACUCCUCUGCACUUGGCCGCCUUCUCACUAUGCUGCCCCUGCCUAUGUCUCGUCAGCUCCAACGCCAGCUUCGCCGGUAAAUGACGCCAAUACAGUUGAGACAAUGCAAGAGAUGGAAACACCUUCGUGGCCUUCGCUAGAUACAUUUGAAAUACCGUCAACUUUAGAUACAACAUUCUUAGACCUAGGCCUGAAUCUGCCCCCUUCAUGCUAUGACUUCGAAAGCAGUAACGAUUCUGGGAGCACAGUCGCUCUGCCUCAAUAUGGAACUUACAAUCCACAUCAAAAGUCUCCAUCUUUGCUCGCGUUCUCGCCCAUGGCUGAGUCGCGUAUCGGGUACUCAAUGAAACAAUGGGAAAAAGUCCCCACGAUGAUGGUUAGAGAAAACUGCACCUUCUGGUCGCAUGCUAAGCUAUAUGAGGAUCGUAUGCCCAAAUCAAUGGCAGAUGCCUAUGCUACCUGUGCGCUGUCUAUGUCGCGGAACAAGUCAAAUGCUCGAUUCAUCGCAAGACACAUCGCCGGAAAAGCCUGCGAGCUCACUGACGAAGCACCACCUAUCCAACCUUUGGAAGUCCUCGCAAGAGCACACGCCCUCCUCCUGUACAUGAUUCUUCUGCUCUGCAGCGGCGACAUCCGCUGCUUCGCACAAGUCCAAACCCUCCUCCCACACCUUGAAACAAGCGCAACCUCAAUCUUCACAAACAUGCCCCCCAACCCCUCAGAAGAAGACUCCCCCACUCCAUCCCCCCUCCCAAUCUACCCAACCACCACCGCCCGCGCCUUCUGGACCUCCUUCAUCUUCCGCGAAUCCGCCCGCCGCACCCUCCUCGUCAUCUGCCACGCCAUCGCAUGCUGCCGGGUCAUGGCCGGCGACAUCACAUCCUGCUCCCACGAGCUCGCCGUCGGCAACCGCGUCACCAUCUCCGCCAAGCUGUGGAAUGCCGCCUCGCCCUUGGAGUUUGCCGAGCGCUGGAACGAGAAGCAGCAUUUUUUGGUCAGGGAUCUGGAUUUUGCCCAUGUGCUUAGGGAUGCUGCCGUCGAGGAUUUGGAUGUUUUUGGGAAAAUGAUCUUGGUGGGGAGUUUGGGGAGUGAGGAUAUGGUUGCUUGGUUUCGCAUGAAGGGUGGUGAGCUGUAGUCUUUCUCUUCUUUCUUUUUGGUUAGACCCCGUUUGCGCGUAUAGAGGUUGUUGGUUUGGGUGGUUCGAUUGUGUUCCUCCUUUGUAUAUUGGGUUGUGCCGCAUUUCAACGAUGGCCGUGGCCUCGAAUCUCAACAAGCUGUGCAUUUCCAUCUGUUUCUUUUGGGGGUUGGAUUGACAAAC